AUGGAUAUGAGCAGUGUAAUCAACGCAAGACAUGGCGCGGAAGCGGAAACCGAAAUGAUGACGGCCUCCAUGAUGGAAAUGGUGUUCUUCUCCAGCACAAAUACCGCCCUUUACUCGUCGAUGUGGGUGCCCAAGAACAUUGGACAAUACGCAGGAACUUGCAUCUUUCUCAUCCUUUUGGCGACAAUCCUGAGAGCUUUGCUAGCGUUAAAGGCAUGGAAAGAAGCCGCCUGGUUAGACGCAGAGUUCAAACGAAGAUACGUCACGGUUGCUGGAAAACUUCCCAAAUCGGAGCGCAUCUCGUCUGAUAGCAAACGGAUGAUCUUGACGGAGAAUGGAGUGGAGGAAGAAGUUAUGGUUGUGGCCAAGAGUGGUAUGGAAGUUAGACCAUGGCGGCUUUCUAUUGAUCCUGUGCGAGCUCUGUUGGAUACAAUUAUUGCAGGUGUUGGGUGGCUCUUGAUGUUGUCAAUCAUGACUAUGAACGUUGGAUACUUCCUUUCUGUUCUUGGAGGUACCUUCCUGGGCAGUCUUGUACUCGGCAGGUACAGCAGUCGGGAAUCUCACUGA